AUGCCAACUCCUUCCACCAACCUGCGCGACAUUUGCAUGUCGUUUGGCACGCGCUCUCGCGCUGCUACUCUGAACAACCCCUUACCAGAAAGGUUAAGAAAGUCGAACAGCGGCGACAUGAAGGAUCGAAAUCAGGCCAUUAUCAAGUCACAGACUGACCUUCAAGUCGAAGCUGUUCAAACUACGAUGUCGAACGUUACUCUUGAGCCACCGAGCAACAAGCCGCAGGCUACUGGCCUGAACCUUCCAGUCGAACUACAACUCCAAGUCUUGUCCUUGCUUCCCGCACGCCAGAUCCAAUGUGUUCGUCGAGUAUGCAAGCAGCUUCGAGAUAUCAUUGAUCUCAAGGAAAACUCAUCGCUGGUGACGUCCAUACAGGAGCGCGAGCGUGAUCGGAUCGCCUCUGAGUUCAAGCAUCUCUUCAGGGAGACCGAUGAUCACCGAGACUUUCUGAAUCUUUUGGCCAGAUUCAUCAACCAUCGUGGACUGGCCAAACGUGCUACUGACAAUUUCGACACCAUCAAAGCCUUUGCAGACUACUGGGCCGUCCUUACCACCAAGGCAGACAACCACACAAUCUUCGGAAGUAAGAGAAAAUUCGCCCAGCAUUUGGCUGGGUGCCUGGUUGACUUGCACAUCAGCAAUCAUCGAGCGGACCUGUAUCGCGAGCACAAGUACUAUGGAUGGACGCUAGCACAUGGCGUGUAUCACCAUGUUCCAAUCGCGAGCAUCAUUUCAUUAUUCCUUUCUCCAAGCAAUUUCGGCUCACACUAUGGUAUCACCCUGCAGGACCUGGUCGACUGGAUCGCUGCAAUAAUCUCACCAACCGAAACGAUCUUCAAUGAUAUGCCAGCGGCGGACGAGCAUCUCGUUGGGUACGACGAGGCGAUGGGAUUCAGCUAUGAGGGCGGUGAAGAUCAAGACUCAUGCUUAACGCAACAAAUCAUUUUCCGUGCGCUGAGGCUACCAAUGGCCCCAAAAGCGGUGCGCGAAAACAUUGGCUACCACUUUCGUUCAAAUUGGAAAGCUUAUAGGAUGCUUGAGUCUGUCAAGUAUGGGCGCUUGACCGAGUUGCAGAAGGCUUCGCUUCUGGAGGAUGUCUUUCCUCGCGUGUGCCAAAAAGGUAAUUCACGCGCAUUCUGGAGAUACAUCGCAUACUUUUAG